AGGAGCAGUGUUCACUUCGGGGUCAUUUCGUGCGCUGCCUGCUCUGCGUUUUUUCGUCGCACCGUCUCUGAGAAUCGAAAAUAUUCAUGUCGACGCAGUUCCGAGGGAGGCUUCAAUUGCCCCAUUGAUCAACAACAUCGUUGCUACUGCCGAUCUUGCCGAUUUCAAAAAUGUUUGUUAAUGGGUAUGAAUCCAGAAAGUAAGUUUAGAGAUUUUUCCGCAUCAUCAAUCAAAUUGCAACUCUCGGUAGGCCACUCACCAGGAAAUACUAUUGUGUUGAUGGUGAGGUCUUACCAACAGAUGCUUGAGAGAAGGAGACUCGUUUAUUGCCCCGGUUCGAUCCGCGAUAUUCUCAACGGAACAAAGCCAGUGAGCACUUGCAGUGGAGACCAUCAUAGAACAUUUUCUUAUGUACUCAUGGGGUUCAUAUCAAUGUUCCGAAUACAGAAUCUAUUAGUUACUUCCCACCAGGCUGCUCUAAUUAAACGUUUCUCUGUGCCAUUCGCCAUUCUUGAAAAGUACUACAUCACCAUGUGCGCUGGAGGAUUACAAACUAACAGGUUAGUACGAUACGAUGGAACGUACUCUGAUUUGAAUGAUCCAGAUGGGAGUGUUGAUCGUGACACAUUAAACAAGCUUUUCGUUCAGUCACUGAAAGACUUUCUCUUGGAGCUGUCGGCGCCUAUGUACUACAAUAAAAUGUCUGAUGUGGAAUUUUGUGCCUUGAACGCCGUGCUGCUUUUUGAUCAAGCCGCUCCUGGUCUUAGCGAAAAAGGUUGCCGUAUCGUACGUGAAGCUCGGAAACGCGUAUACAACGACUGGUUCGAACUUUAUCGCAAAACUGGUGUGCGAGAUAUUGGUCAGAAAGUCGGAAAUACUAUGCUCUUGUUACCUGCUGUUCAGGUGGUCGAAACCACACAGGAGAAUUUUCGGCUCAUCCAGAUAUUUGAUCUGUUUCAGUACGAUAAAAUACUUGAUGAGUUGAUGUAUUUAGAUGAUUGA